UAUUAAUUAAUUCCCCCCAAUUUUCUUUUAAUGAGAUUCAAAAAGGGGGGGAUAGUUUUGGGGGGGCUUUGGAGGUCGAAAUGUGGGGUUUGAUGCCGAUCAUUUGGGGAAGAGAGGCAGAGAAAGCAAUAUUUUGGCAUGAGCAAAAAGCAAGGCCCACUAAAUAUUGGGGUGCAUUAUUUGGGGUCCACUUUCUGUAUUUUGGGGUCCCCUUUCUUAUUGGGGUGCUGUGUUUUAGGGUCCCCUUUCCUAUUGGGUUGCUGUAUUUUGGGGUCCCCUUUCCUAUUGGGUCCUGUAUUUUAGGGUUCUGUUUCCUAUUGGGUGCUGUAUUUUGGGGUCCCCUUUCUAAUUGGGUGCUGUAUUUUGGGGUUCAGAGAGAAAAGGAAGGGACGAGUCAGUCACAUUGAGUAUUAUUUCAGGGAUGAGAAAGGAGAAGGAAUAAUGCACCCCAAUGUUAAGUGGGCCCUUUAAUAUUUUGGGGUGAGAAUGGAAGCAAAAGGGUUCUCUUUCAUAUUGGGGUGCAAUAUUUAGAAUGAUGAGGGGAAGGAAGGGACCCUUUUUCAUAUUGGGGUGCAUUAUUUGGAGGGAUUUGGGGGUGUCAGAGCUUUUUAGCAGCGUGGCAAGACAACCGUCUUGAAUGUUGAGGUUCAGAAGACAAUUUUAUAGAAGGUGGGAUGACAUUUUAGUCAAAGUAAGGCUGGAUUGAUGCCCCUUAGGGGAUUGCAAAUUUUCUGAAUAUUGGGGGGCUGCCUGUUGAUCGUGUCUCGCACCAGAUUUCCCGGUUUUCGGCCUGCAUGAAAAGAAAUUGUGAAGCACCAGCAAGGUUUGAAGAUUGCUAAGCUUUGGCUCCAAUAGAAAAUUGUGAAUCCAAUGAGUAGCAUUUCCUCGGGCCUCAACAUUCUGCAUUUUGGGGUCCAGGGGGACUCUGAUAGCAAAUGGUAGACUCAUCUAGGCCUUGUGGGGAGGGAAAUUGAGAUAUGGGGACCUCUUUUUCCAAAUUGAAGGUGUUACAUACCAAAAGGAGGUGCUUGUUUUAAAUAAAUAUGUUUUUUCGGAAGAGAUGGGUUAUAUACGGCACAUGGGAGUGGUCUUUUUUCUUUGGGAUUAUUAUAAAUAAUGUUGAAUAUGUACAUAUUACUUGGGUGCCAUUCUUCUGGAAUGUUUGCUGGCUAUUGGUGGAAUUGAUAUGGUACAUAUGGUACACAUUUGCAGAUAUAUUACGAGCAAUGUUAAAUUUUGGGGUGCUGAAGUGUCUUUUGUACAUAUUGCUUGGGUCCGAUUCUUUUUGGAAUGUUUGUUGGCUAAUAGUGGAACUGGGUGCUGGUCAUCGACCAUAGUAAAUAUACAUACAGUAGAGUCUCGCUUAUCCAACGUUCUGGAUUAUCCAACGCAUUUUUGUAGUCAAUGUUUUCAGUACAUCGUGAUAUUUUGGUGCUAAAUUUGUAAAUACAAUAAUUUCUACAUAGCAUUACUGUGUAUUGAACUACUUUUUCUGUCAAAUUUGUUGUAUAACAUGAUGUUUUGGGGAUUAAUUUGUAAAAUCAUAACCCAAUUUGAUGUUUAAUAGGCUUUUCCUUAAUGCCUCCUUAUUAUCCAACAUAUUUGCUUAUCCAACAUUCUGCUGGCCCGUUUAUGUUGGAUAAGUGAGACUCUACUGUACUAAAAAAUGAUGGAACUGGAAAUGUUCGUAUGGUACCGACUUGCAAAUAUAUUAUGUAUAGUGUUGAAUUUGCACACGUUCAUUGGUUGCCAUUCUACUGGAAUAUUUGAUGGCUAAUUGUUAGACCGAUAGCUCGUGUACGGCACAAUCUUGCAAACAUAUUAUGAAUAAUGUUGAAUUUUGAGGUGUUAUUUGCACAUAUUGAUUGGGUGCCAUUGAAUAUGAAUAAUGUUGAAUUUUAGGCGUUAUUUGCACAUAUUGAUUGGGUGCCAUUGUAUAUGAAUAAUGUUGAAUUUUGAGAUGUUAUUUGCACAAAUUGAUUGGGUGCCAUUUUGUUGCAUCACCUAUGGAACUGAUAACAUUUACAUGGUCAAAUUUGCAAAAUUUUGAAUAUUGGCAUUUUAAGAGGGAUCCUGCAGAAACUGUCUAGUAUUACUUAGGUUAGUGAACUUUGAACGCUUGUGGUUCAGGGGAGUUGUAGUUGUAACAACCCCGGUUAUUAUUUCGAUUCAUCUUGGAUUCUGAAAGUUUGUUGACAUGGCCUUCUCCUUGGGAUGAGGCUUUGUCCACCAAAAGGAGGAGAGUGUUAAGGUCAGUGAUUGCUCAACUUGGGUCACCGAAGUUGGUUGGACUGCAACUCCAGUCAUCCCCAGUCAGGAGGGAUUCUGGAAGUUGGAGUCCAAGAGCUUCUCAGGAGCCAAGAUUUUUGGGGGGGGGGGGGUGUAGCUGAUCCAGGAAUUACGAAACCAAAGGAAUGUCGUAAGACAAUAAGACAGCAAGGACAGCUAGACUUGGGGAAAUCCCCCAGAAAUGGAUGGAGUGUUUGGGAGGAUAAAUUGAAGACACAAUAAUAUUUUUUUUAUGUGUCAGGAGCAACUUGAGUCGCUUCUGGAGUGAGAGAAUUGGCCGUCUGCAAGGAUGUUGCCCAGGGGAUGCCCGGAUGUAUUGAUGUUUUUACCAUCCUUGUGGGAGGCUUCUCUCAUGUCCCCGCAUGGAGCUGGAGCGGAUAGAGGGAGCUCAUCCACGCUCUCCCCGGAUGGGAUUCGAACCUGGUAGCCUUCAGGUCAGCAACCCAACCUUCAAGUCACAAGGCUUUAAACCACUACGCCACCAGAGGCUCAAUAAUAAUGAUGAUGAUGAUGAUGAUGAUGUUGCCAUCCCAGGUGACAGUCGCAUUGACGAAAAACAACAGGAAAAACUCAGCCGCUAUCAGGACCUCAAGAUUGAACUGCAAAGACUCUGGCAGAAACCAAUGCAGGUGGUCCCGGUGGUGAUGGGCACACUGGGUGUCGUGCCAAAAGAUCUCAGCCGGCAUUUGGAAACAAUAGACAUUGACAAAAUUACGAUCUGCCAGCUGCAAAAGGCCACCCUGCUGGGAUCUGCACGCAUCAUCCGAAAAUACAUCACACAGUCCUAGACACUUGGGAAGUGUUCGACUUGUGAUUUUGUGAUAUGAAAUCCAGCAUGUCUAUCUUGUUUGCUGUGUCAUAAUAAAAUAAAAAAAUAAUAAUGAUAAUAAUUUAUUUAUAAUCCUCUUCCAUCUCCCCAAGGGGACUCGAAGUGGUUCACAUGAGGACCAAGACCAAUCAACAGAUAAAACAAUGCAACGGCAGCAUAUAUAGUUAAAACAAUAACAGUAAAAUAACAUUAAUAAAAUACGUCAGCGAGCAUCAGGACUAAAUGGCAUGUGCAAAAACGCAAGGCAAUGGACUUCAAAACACAGGGCAAUAUGAUUCAGGAAUAGGGUUGGGGCAGUAAAUAGUUAAAUUCGGAGUGGGAAAUCUCAAUUUUGUCCUGGGGCAAAUGUGUCCUAGGCCAGGAGUGGGCCCCAGAGUUUUGAGAGACUACAACUCCCAUUAUUUCUUGUUAGCAGGUAUCUUAACCGGUGGGUGGGAACUGCUUCUCGGAGGACAACCAAUUCAGCUGCUUUCCUUUAAGGAGUGUUUCAAUUGUGGUGUGGCUGUGUGUGUAUGUGUGUGGGGGUGGGGGUGAGAAGACUAGGCUUGGCAUCACGCACAGUCCCUGAGGCUGUCGCCUGCCAAACGAUGGCAGGGGACCAUGGAAGCUAACUCUGUUGCUGAGCGACCAAAAAGAAAUGGAAGGGAUGAGCAUCAGGCCCCAAGCCAUGGGGUGGGACGGCACGGCCUAGCUUGGAGCGGUGGUGCUUCGGUCGGAGCAAACCGGGAAAGUUUGGCGGUGUCCGAAGAUUGAAUGGGAGGCGAGAGGAGCGAAAACAAGGGAGCAGAAAGGCCAUCGAGACUGAGACACCGACCACCUUCUUGGAGGUGUGUUCCUGAAAAGGAUGGACCGCAUGACGGAGGACGCCCUGCGCCUGAACCUCUUGAAGCGGAGCCUGGACCAAGCCGAGGAGCGGGAUGACGUCCUGGCCAAGCGACUGAAGAUGGAGGGCCACGAAGCCAUGGAGCGGCUGAAGAUGCUGGCACUGCUCAAGAGGAAGGACCUGGCGGGCAUCGAGGUGCCCCACGAGCUGCCGGUCAAGCAGGACGGGCUGAAGGUCUACGAGGAGAAGCUCAACGGGAACCUGCGGCCCCACGCCGAUGGACGCUCCUCGGCUAGGCCGGGCAAGGAGAACAUCAACGACGAGCCGGUGGACAUGAGCGCAAAGAGGAGCAGUGACCAGGACAGGGGCCGGCUCACCCCGUCACCGGACAUCAUCGUCCUUUCUGACAACGAAGCCUCCAGUCCCCGCUCCAGCUCCCGCAUGGAAGAGCGGCUCAAGGCUGCCAAUCUGGAAAUGUUCAAGGGCAAAGGCCUUGAGGAGAGGCAGCAGCUCAUUAAGCAGCUCCGGGACGAGCUGCGGCUGGAGGAGGCCCGGCUGGUGCUGCUGAAGAAGCUACGGCAGAGCCAGCUACAAAAAGAGAACGUGGUACAGAAGACUCCGGUUGUCCAGAACGCAGCAUCAAUUGUCCAGCCAUCUCCUGCCCAUGUUGGACAGCAGGCUCUGUCCAAACUUCCUUCUCGGCCUGGAGCUCAGGGGGUUGAGCCCCAGAACCUCCGCACAUUACAGGGUCACAGCGUCAUCCGAUCGGCCGCCAACACGGCCCUCCCGCACAUGCUUAUGUCGCAGCGCGUCAUUGCGCCCAACCCCACUCAGCUCCAAGGGCAGCGCAUCCCCUCGAAACCGGGACUCAUCCGCACCACCACUCCGGGCAUGAGCCCCGCCAUCAGCUACCAGCCGCAAUCCAGCUCCGCUGUCCCCUGCCAACGCUCCUCGUCCUCCACCAUCUACAUGAACCUGGCCUCCCACAUCCAGCCGCCGGGCACGGUCAACCGGGUCUCCUCGCCGCUGCCCAGCCCCAGUGCCCUCAGCGACGCGGCCAACUCCCAGGCGGCCGCCAAGCUGGCCUUGCGCAAGCAACUGGAAAAGACUCUCCUGGAGAUCCCGCCCCCCAAGCCCCCCGCCCCUCUGCUCCACUUCCUGCCCAGCGCAGCCAACAGCGAGUUCAUCUACAUGGUGGGGUUGGAGGAGGUGGUGCAGAGCGUCAUUGACAGCCAAGGCAAAGCUUGCUCCUCCCUUUUGCGAGUGGAGCCUUUCAGCUGCGCCCAGUGCCGCACAGAUUUCACCCCGCACUGGAAGCAGGAGAAGAGCGGCAAGAUCUUGUGCGAGCAGUGCAUGACCUCCAACCAGAAGAAGGCCCUCAAGGCAGAGCACACCAACCGGCUGAAGAACGCCUUCGUCAAAGCGCUGCAACAGGAGCAGGAAAUUGAACAACGGCUGCAGCAACAAGCUGCGUUGUCUCCGACUGCCGCUCCCGCCAGCGUGUCCAGCGUCAGCAAACAGGAGAGCAUCAUGCGGCACCACACACUCCGCCAGGCGCAACAACCCCAGAGCACCCUGCAGCGUGGCAUCCCCACCUCUGCCCGCUCGAUGCUGUCCAACUUUGCGCAGGCCCCACAACUUUCUGUCGCAGGCGGCCUCCUCGGCAUGCCAGGUGUCAACAUCGCCUACCUGAACGCGGGGAUCGGGGGCCACAAAGCAUCGAGUCUGGCAGACCGGCAGCGGGAGUACCUUCUAGAUAUGAUCCCGCCACGCUCUAUAUCGCAGUCCAUCAGUGGGCAAAAAUAACGCCAGCUGUGCCCUCCCCUCCCCCUCCCUGUGACCUCUGACCCCCCCGCCCCUCGCCUCCCCCUUUGUCCGUCGCAUGCAGUGCCUGUUCUGGUGCCUACCAUAUGUGGAGGAAAAGACAAAAAAACGAAAAAAGAAGAAAAAAGAUGAAAACAAAACACACAAAAAAAAGAGACGAGAACAUUUCAGGAAAAAAAAAGAAAUCUUCAGCAACCUGCUCUCUUCCGAAAGACUUCUCUCUCUCUCUCUCUGUCCUUUUUCUCAUCUCUGGAUUUUGUUGGCAGCGAGAGUUUUACCCCCCCCCCCCCUUCCCUUCCUUUAACCCCACUCACCUCGAUUCUGCCCGAGGUCAGAACCUGUCUGCUUGGACCCUGCACUAUACACAUGUUUAACGCUUGUUUUACGCUCCUUUAUUAUUAUUAUUAUUUUUGGAAUUUUGAAUUUGUAAUGACGACGCGUAGAAUUUUUAAUUGUCAUGUUCUUUUAUUCCUGUUUUCGUUUUCCUCCGCGGGCUUAAAAACUGAUGGUUACAAACAAUUAAUCUUCAAUAUUUUUUUUUUAAGAAUCUUCCUAAAAACUUUUUCUAGGCUCUUAACUCAAAGGUUCUGUUGUUUGGGGAAGGAAGGGGGGCUUCAGCACAAAAGAUGAGAGGUGCAGAGACAGGGAAACCAUCAACAUCUGAGUAUGGAUAAAAGACGGCAUCAACAGUGACCCGUAUCCAGAGAAUCAGACUUGACACAGCAUCCACCUUAUAACUCGACAGAGUCAGUGAUGGGUGCUACAACGCCUUCUGGGUCCCAGUUUGUAUGGGAUAGGCUGCCAACUGGAUCUACCGAAGAUAAGAUGCCAUUAGAGAUGUGCAUUGAUGGCAGAAAAUGUGGACUUUCCGAUGGUAGUUUGCUUCAUCAUCUACCAAACUGCGGACAUCACAAUGGCAGCUCAGUGAGGGUUUUUUUGGCAACCGGAUUGAGAGAGAAUAAUCCGGAAUUCACCUCUCCAAUGUGUCUGACUUCCAGCAGAGGGAGCCACCCAAUUGUUUUAUCAUCCCAUCUUUUCGAAGUGACUGUUGAUAGGCAUCGGACCAAUCAACGAGAGGCCAAGUCAGAUCUGCCACUGCCCUGAUCUGUUUUAUCACCCCAUCUUUCCGAAACACGGAACGACCCCGUCCGGGUGACUGUCGAUAGGCAUCGGACCAAUAAACAGGAGGCCAGUUAUCAUCCCAUCUUUCCGAAACACAGAACGAUCCGUUGGGUGAUAUCUAUAAGCAUCGAUCGGACCAGUCAACAGGAGGCCAAGUCAGAUCUGCCACUGCCCUGAUCGUUUUAUCAUCCCAUCUCUUCGAAACACAGAACGAUCCGUUGGGUGAUAUCUAUAAGCAUCGAUCGGACCAGUCAACAAGAAGCCAAGUCAGAUCUGCCACUGCCCUGAUCGUUUUAUCAUCCCAUCUUUCCGAAACACAGAACGAUCUGUUGGGUGAUAUCGAUAAGCAUCGAUCGGACCAGUCAACAGGAGGCCAAGUCAGAUCUGCCACUGCCCUGAUCGUUUUAUCAUCCCAUCUCUUCGAAGCACGGAACGACCUUGUCCGUGUGACAGUCGAUAGGCAUUGGACCAAACAACGGGAGGCCAAGUCUGUGCCAUCAGAUCUGCCACUGCCGUCACUCUUAAGGGUGUAAAGUAUUUCUGUGCUCAGACCCUAAAGCCUUCUCCAAACAUUGGGAAGGAAAGGCUCCAUUGCAACCCAGGACUCUCCACGGACUCGUCAAAGUGUCUCCCCGUCCCACUUACGUCUUCAUCUAGGCUAACAUAAUUUUUCUUCCCUCCUUGGGAUGGGGUGGAUCCCUUUUGAGGUCAACUUAAGAUUUUUACCCCCCUCCUUUAGCACUCCCCAUUUUUUCCCUUCAGACACCGUUGUUGCCUCGGAUUCCCUCGGAAGCUCCCUGAAACUCCAUAUCCUUUUGGGCCACAUUUUCCGUUGUGUGUCGUUCUCCCCGCGGCAAACCCUUCGGCCACCGUUUCCGUUGUGGGUCCCACCCACCGCCCCGAUUCACGCUCCCACUCUCUUCCACUGCCAACCCCUCCAAUCACUGAGCACUUACUAAUAAACCAGUGGAAGAGUGUGUUGUUGUGUGCGUUGGGAUGGUGGGGGCACCGUUUGGAGGGGUCACGGGCGGGGGGGGGGGGCUCUGUAAAAGCGAGGGACAGAUUAGCAGCACUUCUGUGUGUCGGGAUAAAUAUGUCAUGCACCUAUUUGCAUUAGUCCUCAUCAACCUGAACAUUUCAUACUCUUAAAUAAAAAUAUUUUGCGGGGCGGGUUCACCCCAGCUCCCCGGCGAUCCUUGGGGGUCCCACCGUGGCUUCCUUUCUCAAAUACCUUGUAUUUGAACUCGACUUAAGAGCACCUUCUCAAUCGAUCCCCUUUUCCCUGCCCCCUUUUUUGAAUUUUAAUCCACCCUCAUCACCAAAAAAAAGCCAAGUGCCAUUGUCCUCCCUUUGUAUCCCUCCCUAUCCCCUUUAAAAAUCAAGCUUUGCCAAGAGUCCCUGUAUUGGUUAAGAUUAGCCCCUCCACCCUUUUAAGAUGAUGGUGAUGUAAAGAAAUGUGCAAUAUUUUGUGCCCCUUGGCACAUUGAAAGGGGGGUGGUGAGCAAGGGUUGGCCACAGAACACCCAUCUGGAAUUUAGAAUUAUAGGCAAAAAUUAUGUUCUCUUUCCCCCACCCCCCCACCCCCAAAUCUCCUUGUCAUCAUCGUCCCCAUGUGAGGUCGGUCAGUGAAUCAGUGUUUUCAAGUUGGUGUUACCCAAACCAGUUCCCCUAAUUCAGGUAUGGGCAAACCAAGGCCCGCGGGCCGGAUGCGGCCCCUUGGGCUCUUUUCUCAGGCCCUCCUCUCUCUCACCAUCCUGUCCUUCCUUCUCUCUUUCCUUCCUUCCCUCCCUCCCUUCCUUGCCUCCCUCUUUCUCCCUCCUUCCUUUCACCCUUUCGUCCUUCCUUCCCUCUUUUCUUUCCUUCACUUUUUUCUCCUUCCCUUCCACCUUUUUGUCCUUCCUUUUUCUCUUUCCUUCCUUCCCUUUUUCCUUCCUCCUUCCUUCACUCUCUCCCUUCCUUACCUCCCUCUUUCUCCUUCCAUCCUUCCCUUCUACCUUUUUGGUCUUCCUUCUUUCCUUCCUCCUUCUCUCCCUCUCUCCCUCCCUACUUUACCUCCCUCUUUCUCCUUCCGUCCUUCGCUUCCACCUUUUUGGCCUUCUUUCCUUCCUCCUUUUCUCCCUCUCCCCCUCCCUACCUUACCUCCCUCUUUCUCCUUCCAUCCUUCUUUUUUCCUUCCUUUCCUCUUUUUCCUUCCAUCCUUCCCUUCCACCCUUUCUUCCUUCCUUCCCUUUUCUCUUUCCUUCCUUCCUCUUUCUUCUUCCAUCCUUCCCUUCCUCCCUUUCAUCCUUCUUUCCUUCCUUCCAUCACUGGGCAGCCAGUCCUCCUGACAGGUGGUGCUGGCAUGUGGCCUCCAAAUUAGAAAGUUUGCCCAUGCCUGCCCGAACCCAUAUCUGAGGUUGAGCCUAGACCCCGUCCCCAAAAUAAUUUGCCCAUGUUUGUAACUUACCCAAGUUGCCACUGUAGGGUUUCCCAUUUCCUUGGCUUUCUGGCAUCCUAGGGGACAUGAAUGGAAAUGUUCCGAUUUCCCAUUAAGGAGGGAGAAAGCCCCAUGGGAGGGAAUUGGGCCGGGAGGGUCCUUUAUUACGGCAUUCUCUUGGGACGUAUUUUUCCGCAUGUAAUGGGAUCCUGGUUCCUUUGGCCUUUUCCGCCUUCAAGCGGGGCUUCCUCUGCUGAGUUGGGGCUGUUGGGCAGUAACAGGAGAAAGCUAGGUUUCCCCGUCAGUGUUUCCUUCUUUGGCUUGGUGCCCCCCCCCAAAAAAAAACAACCUUCUCCCCAGUCGACUCCUCUGCCCUUGAUUUUGCCCAAACUGGCAAAUGAGUCAUUUUUCCUACUCACCUUCCUUCCCUCCACUUUGAUGCUCUUUCUCUCUCUUUUUGGGAUCUAAAAGUUCUUAUGAAGGUACAGAAUUAAGGGUUUUCCUUUCCUGGCUAUUUUGGGGGGCCUGCCUUUAUUUUUACAGCGUAGCAAUAGAUGCUUUGUGGUUGGUGCUGUUUUAUUUUCUUCCUUUGGAAAAAAGAACUUUGUGUUUUCUGCAGGAAAAUUUUUGAAAAAGUGUAACUGGGCUCGCUCCCUCCGGCCUCCGUUUCCCGCCGACCUUGUUUUUCUGCUCCUUUCCUCUUCUCCGCUCCUUUCCUCUUGCCUCUCCGCUCCCGUGAAGACCUUCUUCGCUUAACAAAAUAACUUGCUGCCGGAAAAAAAAACGUUAUAACAAGGACUCCUUUGUUGUACAUAAGCUAUUUCUUGACACAUUUAAAGAAAAAAAAAGAUGGAAAAAAAACCAGAAACAAAACUGAAAAAAAAAUUAAACAACAACUCCGGGAAGGGAGAAGGAAGGGCACCUCACCCUCCGCCCUGACGAAAAUAUGGAAAUUGUAUAUUGUGUAGAGAAAAACAAAACGACAAAAAAAGACAACAGACAGCUUAGCCAUGAAUAUUGUGAAAAAGUUGUUAACGUCCUUUUGUAGUGUGAACCUUUUUGUGUAUAUGACAUUUAAAAUGUGCAAAAGGGUGGUUUUCCUGGAAAUUUGGGGAGGCGGGGGAAAGGGGGGAGGCUCGUGUCACACCCUCCGUGCACCCCCCAAAAAACCGAAAAUGGGUUUAGCCAUCAUUUCCCCGUCUAACGCCCCCAAAAAGGUGCCUUGUCUUGCUCUUGGAUUGGAAGUAAAGUCCACCGGCCAGACACACAACUUUGGCGACAACCAGGAACGCCGGGGAUCCGUUCUUUCCCCUUUCCGUUUUCACAGGUGGGGAGGAAGCAAUGUUUUCGACCUCCCCGUUCAACUGUAAAUAGUAUUUGCACUGUUUCUUGGUUCGGGACAAUGUUGGCUCUUUUUGGCAUUCCUUGCAAUGAGUCAGAUGUGUUUGGCGGAUAGCGUGGUCCUCUCUCUCUUGCAGGAUUUUUGGGAAGACAGUCAUAGAUCCUGUUCCCCAUCACAUCCUUGCAAAGAGUUGGGUGUGUUUGGUGGAUAGCGUGGUCCUCUCUCUCUUGCAAGAUUUUUGGAAAGACGUACAUAGAUCCCGUUCCCCAUCGCAUCCAUUGCAAAGAGUCCGAUGUGUUUGGCGGAUAGCGUGGUCCUCUCUCUCGUGCAGGAUUUUUGGGAAGACAUUCAUAGAUCCCGUUCCCCAUCGCAUCCAUUGCAAAGGGUCAGAUGUGUUUGGCAGAUAGCGUAGUCCUCUCUCUCUUGCAGGAUUUUUGGGAAGACGUUCAUAGAUCCCGUUCCCCAUUACAUCCCUUGCAAAGAGUCCGAUGUGUUUGGCAGAUAGCGUAGUCCUCUCUCUCUCGCAGGAUUUUGGGGAAGACGUUCAUAGAUCCCGUUCCCCAUCACAUCCAUUGCAAAGAGUCGGAUGUGUUUGGCAGAUAGCGUAGUCCUCUCUCUCUCGCAGGAUUUUGGGGAAGACGUUCAUAGAUCCCGUUCCCCAUCACAUCCAUUGCAAGGAGUCGGAUGUGUUUGGCGGAUAGCGUGGUCCUCUCUCUCGCAGGAUUUUUGGAAAGACGUACAUAGAUCCCGUUCCCUAUCACAUCUCUUGCAAAGGGUUAGAUGUGUUUGGCGGAUAGCGUGGUCCUCUCUCUCGUGCAGGAUUUUUGGGAAGACGUUCAUAGAUCCCGUUCCCCAUCGCAUCCCUUGCAAAGAGUCAGAUGUGUUUGGCAGAUAGCUUGGUCCUCUCUUUCUUGCAGGAUUUUUGAGAAGACAUACAUAGAUCCCAUUCCCCAUCGCAGCCACUGCUUGGCCAAUCUGGCUUCAACCUUUUCCUCUUUUGAGUUGCAUUCGACUUUUUCUCCCAUUCCUUCCUUCUCUUGGUAUAUCUCCAUCUCCCUUUUCUUUGGCUGGAAUUACACCAAGGUUCCCCAGAAUGGCCAAAUUAGGUCAAUUUCAAAUAUAUCCAAGGCCAUUUGUUCCCCUACUUUUUGUCAAUGCUAUUGUUUAAUAAAUCAUGUAUCUACCCUUCAGGCCACGUCUGUCCUCUGCUCUUCUGAAGCAUGGCAUAGGAUAUGGAAAACAUGUUAUCUUGGAGCAGUACAUGAAUGCCAACCAACCUCAUAACCUAUUGGCCCAGCAAUGGCAUUUAAAAGAAGGAAGACAACCAUUUAUGUUGCCAGAAAGCCUAGGUUCUCUUAGAUGGUUCUUCAUUGAUUUUGAGGUCUUGUCCAUCAUGACCAAAAUGUAGAGGACAGGGCCACCAUCGCGUUUCAAAAUGGCACCCGGGUUUCGAAGAGUGACGUGCUACUCUUGUUGAAGAUCACAUGCUUCCUGGCCUCCUUGAAAACCAGUAGAGCCCACCUUUGACACAACUUCCAACCUUUUAUGGGCCAAAGCCAUGUCCUUCACACAUUGUGUGGCCUGUCUUGGUGCUUCCUUACCGUGAAUGCCAAUUUGUCCAAAAAGACUACCAAGGAGAAGGCUUCCUAUUUCCAGCUUCAGUGUAGGAAAUCUCUGUUUCCAGGACUCCCCCUCUUUGUUUGUUUUCAUCCAUGGGAGCUCCUUGCUCCCUUCGAUUGAUAUUUUCCACUUCGAGAUAAAUAUUCAUCUCCAGAAUUUUAAAAAAAUAAUAUUUUGACAACUGUAGACGACCCAAUUUGUCCCAUGCUGUCCCACCUUAUUGUGGUCCUUUGUGAACCCCUGGGCUUAGAGUUCCCUGGCUAAGAAUUCAGAAUGCCAAACCCCCAAGCUACAAAUCCCAUGGGGCAGAAGCUGUUGAUGUGGACCAUCAUGCUACAGUUGUGCGAUGUGGAAGUGGCCAUUCUGAAAUCUCACCUCUCCCAUCUCCACGUCCUUUGAGUCUUGUUUGAAAUUUACCUAUUUCUGGAAUCGAACCAGAUUCGAUUCCCUCUUGAGCAUAUUGCUUUUGUAUGUAGUAGAAGAAUGGGACAAAAUUGUGCUCAAUUCCACCGUUCUAACUCACCUUGACCUGAGAUCUCCCCCAUCUUUAUCCUGCUUCCAUCUCUUUUCAGUUAUGAUUUCCUUGUCCCUGAAUAGGUUUUUACUCCCACAUGGACAUUGCUCACAAGGAAGGAAACAUUUGGACCUCAGCUUCUCCUUGAGGUCUAGAUUAGUCUUGUCCAAUGAAACCAGCCAUUGGAGAAGGAAGCCUCCUUCGGCCCAAAUGAACAAGCCACUGCUAUCUCUGUGGACCAUUGUCCAUCUGUCUUUCCAUCUUCUCUUGAGUUUCUUCCUAUCACUGUGUGAUAGAACAUGGUUUUAUGGUGGACACCAUACAGAGUUCUCAGAAGAGAAAGAACAAUUGGGCUCUUUUUUUAACCCCAUCCUACGCAUCCAUAGGUCUUGGAGGAGGAGGAAAUGUUUGGACCUCAACAUCUUGAGGCCUAGAUUGGUCUUGUCCAAUGAAAGCAUUGGAUAAGGAUGUCUCCUUCAGCCCAAAUAAACAAGCCACUGUUAUCCCUGUGGGCCAUUGUCCAUCCGUCUUUCCAUCUUCUCUUGAGUCCCUUCCUAUCAUAGACCCUGUCUCUCUCACUGUGAUAGAACAUGGCUUUAUGGUGGACACCAUACAGAGUUCUCAGAAGAGCAAGAAUAAUUGGGCUCUUGUUUUACCCCCAUCCUACGCAUCCAUAGGUCUUGGAGGAGGAGGACCUCAACAUCUUGAGGUCUAGAUUGGUCUCAUCCAAUGAAAGCAUUGGAUAAGGAUGUCUCCUUCAGCCCAAAUGAACGAGCCACUGCUAUCUCUGUGGACCAUUGUCCAUCUGUCUUUCCAUCUUCUCUUGAGCCUCUUCCUAUCACUGUGUGAUAGAACAUGGUUUUAUGGUGGACACCAUAUGGAGUUGUCAGAAGAGCAAGAACAGUUGGGCUUUUUUUUACCCCCAUCCUACGCAUCCAUAGGUCUUGGAGGAGGAGGAAAUAUUUGGACCUCAACAUCUUGAGGUCUAGAUUGGUCUCGUCCAAUGAAAGCAUUGGAUAAGGAUGUCUCCUUCAGCCCAAAUGCACAAGCCACUGCUAUCCCUGUGGGCCAUUGUCCAUCUGUCUUUCCAUCUUCUCUUGAGUCUCUUCCUAUCACUGUGUGAUAGAACAUGGUUUUAUGGUGGACACCAUACGGUAUUGUCAGAAGAACAAGAACAAUUGGGAUUUAUUUUUUUUACCCCAUCCUAUGCAUCCAUAGGUCUUGGAGGAGGAGGAAAUUUUUGGACCUCAACAUCUCCUUGAGGUCUAGAUUGUUCUUGUCCAAUGAAACCAUCCAUUGGACAAGGAAGCCUCCUUCAGCCCAAAUGAACGAGCCACUGCUAUCUCUGUGAUCCAUUGUCCACCUGUCUUUCCAUCUCUUCUUGAGUCCCUUCCUAUCCCCUCACUAUGUGAUAGAACAUGGUUUUAUGGUGGACACCAUACGGUGUUGUCAGUAGAGCAAGAACAAUUGGGCUCUUUGUUUGACCUCAUCCUACACAUCCAUGGGGUCUUGGAGGAGGAGGAAAUCUUUGGACCACAACAUCUCCUUGAGGUCUAGUUUGGUCUUGUCCAAUGAAACCAUCCAUUGGAGGAAAGAUGCAUCAAUGGGAUAUGCCAUUGUCUUAAAGCCUGUAUCUCUCCAAAAUCAACAGUUGAUACAGCCUUCUUUACCAGUCCCUAAAUAGAGUCAUGGUCUUUUGCAGAGUAUUUAAGUAUAUAUAUUGGGGUGCUUUGGACGCAAUUAGUAAAAGUCCACUCCCUACUUGAAGUCAAUAUAUAUUAAGAAAAAGAACGGAUCUCAAAAAAAAUUGUGAUUUUCCCCGAUUUGUGGCAUGGCUUCAAAUACAGGACGAUGCAACCGACAAUUCUGGGAGGAAGGAGAGGCCCGGAUGGGAAACCGGACCUUUUGCACAAUUUUAAGAGGGCUUUUUAUUUUUAUUUUUUGCAUUGUGUUUUUGGAAUCUGGUUUCAAAGGAGGAGGAGGAGGAUAAAAAAAUAAAGCUGUUUAAAUAUUGCCAAUUGAUUAUGCAGUGACCCGAUUAAAAAAUAAUAAUAAUAAUAAGCUAAUUUUUGGAGAAAGGAUUAAAAAAACUUUGUAAUAUUUAUCACUUGCAAGCUAUGUUUAAUAAAGAAAGGAAUGGUUUAUACAUUU